CCCAGCAAGAGGUGCUCACGUCUCUGGCCAGGUGUGUGUGGAUAUUAAUGUCCUGGGGUUACAGAAUCUGAAAGUUAAUCUGGUCUGUACAAUGGAGUUAGAAGAUUCAGAGGGAGCCAUCAGCACUUCUUCAGGUGUCAAAAGAAACCUGACUCCUGAAACACCAACGGGAAAGAAGCAACGAAAACAAAAACUCAAAGGCCCUCACAUCACAGCAGAAGAUUAUGAAUUGUGGAAGAAUUGUGACAAAUGGGAAGCAGAAACAAAGAAAAUUGUUGAAGCAGUGCUAAAGAAGCUGGAGGAGACCAACUCAAACAACCCUAAUGAAGAGGACCUGCUGCUCACCCUCAAAAAAAAGAUGCAACAGUUAAAGGAGAAAUGUCUUCAGGAGAACAUUUACGUUGGAGUCUUUGGACAGACAGGGGCUGGGAAAAGUACACUCCUGAAUGCAGUUUUAGAGGAGAAGUCUCUGUUGCCCACAUCAUCAUCAGGAGCCUGCACAUCGGCCAUAAUAAAAGUGCAAUCUUACGAAGGACGCAAAUUUAAAGCAGAGAUUGAAUUCCUCAGCGAGCAGGAUUGGAAUAAUGAACUGAAGCUUCUUGUUGAGCUUUGUGGGAAUGAGGACAGUGAUGAUGAAGUUAACGAUGAAGAUGAUAAGGAGGCUGAAAUGGCAAAGAACAAACUGCAAAAUGUUUACGGAUCUUCUGGACCAGAGAAAAGCUAUGAGGAGCUAGUAAAGAUGAACAUUUAUCAAGAUAUCCCCAAAAGUGGCAAAAAGCUUUUUCGUGAGGACAAUGCAGAAGAUUUAUCCAGAAAGUUAGACCCUUAUAUACGGAGCCAACCCUAUCAAACAUCCAAAAUAUACUGGCCAAUUGUGAAAUCAAUCUCUGUUUAUAUCCCCAAUUGUCAAAUACUGCCCGAAGGAGUGGUUCUUCUUGACUUUCCAGGAUCAGGCGACAGCAACAAAACAAGAGAUGAAAUGUGGAAAAAGAGUCUGAUGAACUGCUCAUCUGUAUGGAUUGUUUCAGCAAUUUUUAGGGCUGUUAAUGAAAAGAUAGUACAUGAGAUUUUUGGUACUUCAAUCAAAUCUGCUACAAAUGGAGGAAGAUGUCACGAUAUUGCUUUUAUCUGUACAAAGACAGAUGAUAUUGAAGAGCAGGAAUAUGCAAGAGAGUACCAUUUAACUGAUGAAGAAAUGAACUUAACUGAUGACGACCUGCUGGAAUAUGAUGGAAAACGGAAACGGUACUGCAUAAGACAUCGCAAUAAACAUGUAAAGGAGGCUAUGAAGAAACAGUAUGAAGAGAAGUGGACUAAACUGAUGACAAAAGGAUCCACCCAAUUGGAGUUUUCAAAAGAGGAUCUGUGUGUCUACACUGUGAGUGCAAAACAAUAUUGGAAGUUAGAACAUAAAGAACCAAGCAACAUUUUUGCAGAAACAACAGAAAUACCAAGUCUGAGAAAACACAUCAUCGACUUGUAUUUGAAAGAAAGAAAGAAAGUGGUGAAUAUCUACGUGUCUGAAGUGUGGGGGAUGCUGCUCCUUCUUAUAUCGCUCAACCAAAAUAAACAGAAUGAGAUCCUGAAAAGCAGGUUCAAUACCAUUAAUAAAGAAUUCCAUGUGAGUUUGGAAGCUUUUAAUGAACAUCUGGAGGAUAUCUGCAAACAUCUGCAGGAUCAUCUCAAACACGGAGUUCAGGAAGCAGAGAAAAAGUGUGGGAAAAUCAUUCAACAACAUACAGAGCGGCCUGGUGGAAGAAAUUACCAAGGUUUCCACAAGACACUAAAGGCAAUAUGUAGAAAUGAUGGAGUAUUCAACUCAGCCAAGUUUGGGCGACUUGACAUUAACCAUGAUCUGGCAAAGCCUCUCCUCCAGCAAAUUGAUAAUUUUUCUGAACGCACCUUACAGUUUAACAAAGGUCGAAGAAAUUCAAUGAAAGGACGGUUCAAUCGUAUUAAAUUAUCACUGACAAACAUCAUUGAUGAGCCGCUUCCCACCAAAUCUACUGCAGAAAAUGCAUGGGUUUGGAAAUGCCGAAAAGAUUUCAUGAAAACUGAGAUCAACAGAUUAUUUUACGACUUGACAAAGCAGAUAACUGAAAGAAAACAGCAUUUUUAUAAUGCCCCUUCCCUGUCCGUUCAAUGUUCAAUGAAACCAGCAUAUGAAGAAGCUGCACGAAAGAAAGGUGCUGGUGUUGUGCCUUUUGUGAAGAAGAUAUUAAAGGAGCAUAUUGAACAAAAGCAUGAGGAGUUUUUCAAAGAUGCAAGAGACAGUGCGAUGGAGCAAUUCAAUGACAUGAAGGAGAAAUUGAAGAAGGAAAUUCAUGGAAGAAUGACCAUCACCUUGGAACUUGGUUUCUCCCAGUGGUCUGGGCAUAAUCCUUUACCAGAUUUUCGAAAUGAGUUUGAUCAGAUAACUCUAAUCUGGGAUGAAGUAAAGGAUUUAUCAGACACUGACUAAUCAUUUUGGAUCUGUUUGUUUCUUUGAAGUUGAUGGUAUAGUACUAUGGCCUUCUAAAAAAAUGUACAUCUUACUGAUUUUGUGAAGCUCUCGCAUUAGUGAAAGAUACAUUAUACUCCUCCCUCUAUAGCAAAUAUAUCCUCUUUUAGAUAGAUACUGCACACAGUAGUCCAGCUGUGAUCUCACUGUAGCACAUAAAUUGGCCUUCCUAAUUGGUUACUGUACCUACCUGUCUACUUUCAUUGACUGGCAUACAGUAUAAGGCUACCUGGACCUAUUUGUGCAUUCACACUUCCAAAAAUAUUAUCAUUUUAUAUUGCUCUUCCCUUCUGCUUUUAACACUGUAGUUUCAUGUUUAGCCACAUUCUAUUGCAUCUGCCAUGUGCUUAGCUAUUGUUGUGAACUUGGGUAGAGUAAUUCCAAAUUGGGAGACAGGACAUUAGAUUUGCUAGGGCGGCACGGUGGCAUAGUGGUUAGCACUGCUGCCUCACAGCGCCAGGGACCUGGGUUCAAUUCCUGCCUCAGGCGACUGACUGUGUGGAGUUUGCACAUUCUCUGCGUGGGUUUCCUCCGGGUGCUCCGGUUUCCUCCCACAGUCCAAAAGAUGUGCGGGUCAGGUGAAUUGGCCAUGCUAAAUUGCCCGUAGUGUUAGGUAAGGGGUAUAUGUAGGGGUAUGGGUGGGUUGCGCUUCGGCGGGUCGGUGUGGACUUGUUGGGCCGAAGGGCCUGUUUCCACACUGUAAAUAAUCUAAUCUUAAAAAAAAAAUUUGCUGUGUGUAAAAUUGUAAAGUGAGGGAAGUGUGGCAUGGUCCUUUAAAAAAUGAUGUGUUUUUCCUAUGCUUAGAGAUUUAAAAUUAUGUCUGUGAGAAGCAGCUUGUGGGUUUGCCGGUAUAGAAAGUACCCAAAUUGAAACAUCUAUUGAAAGUCCAAGCAGCAUUUUUACCAAGAUAACAGAUUUGGAUUUUAGCCAAUCAAUUUAAACCAAAAACCUAUUAAAUUUAAACCUGAUGGUCUUGACAAAAGAACCAAUACUACGUAAGAAAUAUUGCUGUCAUCACGAGUAUAAACAAGGCAGUAGUUGGACUGAGACCCCAGAACCAAUUGCCAUUUGCUAAGAGAUAACAGUUCUCACAGUCCUCUAUGUAUUGGAGAAAGCAUACUCUAAAUGACAUCAUUACCAACAUCGGAGAAGGCAUUUCAGACAAAGGAAAAUGUUGGAGAAGGCAUUUUGGUCAGAGGAAGAUGAUGAAGAAGACAUAGAAAGUUCAAAGACAUAAUUUAUGUUUUUGUAUGUGUGUGGGACUUGUAGUUAUUGCGACAGCUAAAAACCGUUAGAAUCUUGCUUUAUUUAGAAAUCAGUAGUUAGAAGGGAUUUAUUCAGAUUGUUCAUAAUUUAGUUAAUUUGUUCGCUCUUAAGAGUUAGAUAAAUAAAUUGUCACUUUUUUUUGUUUUUAUUUGAUUUAGCCACUAAAGGUUGCUGAGAAACAGAUUGCCCCUCUCUGCACACUCCUUUUAACAUAUUAUAAAGCACAUGGCCCCUCUCUGGGUGUUUCAGUUUUGGUUAUCAUAGGGCAAAACCUCCGCUUUAUAACACUCGAUUUGUCUAAAUCACCUUGAAGCCCCAUUGCAUCUUCCUCACUGUUUGAAACAAACUCAAUAAAAUUUUAGACGAGACCAACAAAUCUGGAAACAGGACAAUUUAUUACGGACUUGCAAGUACGAGCUACAACUGCACAAAGCAAUUGAGCGAAUUAUACCUUUGAGCUGAGUGAGGUCACCUCUCCAGACUCCUAAUUACCCAAUCUCUCUUCCUAGGCUAUACAACUGUCCAUCUUCGCUCCACCCUUGUUACUUCCCCUUCCCCAUGUUGGCAACCUUCUUCCCUGUUAGUGCUGACAUUUUUAUUAUUUUGUCGAUAGUACAUCAAGAUAUAGUUUAACAUUUUGUAUCAAUACUGCUGGUACACUCCAUUCUCCGUACACUUCAUCAGCUUUGUACCAUUUUUGUACAGCUCAGGCAUUUUAGUUAUCUCAGUUUUUUUGCUGAAAACUUAUUUUAAAAGAGUUAACUUGCUUAUAUUAUACUCCAGAAUUCGUAUUUAAUUAACCAUAAUUAAAAGUAAAGAUACACUUCCCUUAGUACCUGCAGACUUAAUAAUUUUUCUGCUGGACCCCUUUUCUUCAUGUUUUUUUAUAUCUGAAAAAACAACACUUCUUUUCAUUUCUAACACUCACAAUUUAGAUUCCUGUCCAUGUUACGUCAUCAGCGAACUUGGCAAUGUUGAUUUGGUUCCCCCAUCCAAAUCAUUUCUAUGUAUGUAUACUUUAUGUAUCAUGAAAAGCUGGGGCCCAUGCGCUAAUCCUUUGAGCUCACUGCUCCUUUUACCCCACUGUAAGAUAUUGUACUAAAGCACUCUAUGAACAGUACCGCACAUUCCAGCCCUUUGGCCCUCGAUGUUAUGCCAACCUUUUAUCCUACUUUAAGAUCCAACUAACCUACAUACCGGAUGUCUUAUUAUUAUCCAUGUGCCUAUCCAAGAAUUGCUUAAAUGUCCCUCAUAUAUCCGACACUACCACUGCUGGCAGUACAUUCCACGUACCCAUCACUUUUUGGACUUAAUACCGCCCAUAUUUAUUUUGUAAGAUGUAGUGAUUCACCUUUCCUCCUCAGACAAGAAAGAAUAUUGUUGUAAUUCAUGCAUACAUUCAUUAAAUAAGAACCAUUGCCAAUCCACCUUCAACCCUUUUAGUAUGGUUUCUCCAUCCUUCAUUGACAAUUCAGUCCUCAGACCCCAUAAGUUGCUGUUAUUUAGAUUCAUGACCUUAGUUUCGGAUUUGGCUAUUUCAUCUUUGUGAAGAAUUCUAUCAUAUUAUGGUUGCUGUUCUCCAAGGGACUUUGCAUAACAAACCAUUUGAGAUUACUACACUGGUUUUAAUUGAGGAUGUGCUUAUGUGCUUACAAAAGACAAUGUAAUUCUGAAAUAAAAAAAUAUGUUGUCGAAAUUUAA